AUGUCAAAAUCUUACUCAAAAAACUCAUACAAGAGUAGGGAAGAAUUGUAUAAUUUGAUAGUAAGUCAAUUAUUUUAUGAUGGUUAUCAAACAGUUGCUACAAGUCUUACAUCUUUAUUAAAUUUUCCUGUAAUUUGCACUCCCUCUGAUAAGUUAGCUAACCUUGUAACAAAAAAUUAUGAAGAAAGAAAUAUAAAUAAUUACGAUAUUUAUACAUCAGCAGACUGUUUAGAUUUUGAAGAAGAAUUUUAUGGGAAAACAUCUUCUCCAGAACCAGGAUUAUAUGAAACAAAAUAUUUAACAGCUCAUAAAGGCCCUUGUAGAGUAGUACAUUUUAGUCCUGAUGGUGACUUAAUAGCAACUGGUUCAUUAGACACAUCCAUUAAAAUUUUAAAUGUAGAUAAGAUAAUGAUGAGGAGUGCCCCAAACACUCAGGAAAUACUCCAGCAAAAUUCAGAGAACCAUCCAGUUAUUAGAACAUUAUAUGAUCAUAUUGGGGAAGUAACAUCUUUGCAAUUUCACCCAACUGCUCCUAUCAUUAUAUCUGGUAGCAAAGAUUGUACAAUUAAAGUAUUUGAUUAUUCUAAACCAACCUUAAAAAAGGCCAUUAAAUAUAUACAAGAAUGUGAACCUGUAAACACCAUAUCAUUACAUACCUCUGGAGAUUAUAUUUUGGUUGGAACUAAUCACCCUACUUUGAGACUUUAUAAUCUUGCAACAUCUCAAUGUUACGUUUCACCUCAACCAUUGGACCAACACACACAAGCAUUAAAUUCUAUCAUGUACAACUACGAAAGCAGGAUAUAUGUUACCUCUGCUGAUGAUGGAGACAUUAAGAUAUGGGAUGGGAUUAGCAAUCGUUGUAUAAAUCACUUUCCCAGAGCUCAUGAAGGCUUUCCCGUUAUUUCAGCUUAUUUUAGCAAAAAUGGAAAGUAUAUCCUAUCAACAGCCAGGGACGGCAGUAUAAAGCUAUGGGAAUUAAGCGCCAGUCGAUGUUUAAUAGCGUACAGUGGAGUAGUAUGUAAUAGUGGUUCGCCUGAUUUUGGAUCUCCUGCCGUAUUUAACCAUACCGAAGACUUUAGUUUAUAUUAA